AUGGCAAGGUUGCUUUUCGGGACCGUUGUGCACGACGACGUCAAGCUGUUAGAGCAGAUAAAAGGAGCUGUAUCCAGUAAUGAGCUGCCAGAAGGGGACUUUGAGCCUUUCGACAUCAUUAUGCUAGACGAAUUCCAAGACUGUGAUGACCUCCUCUAUUGGUUGAUUAUCUGUUUCAUUCGAGUAAACACUCGAAAGAGGGGAGGUCGACCUGUUCGCCUCGUCACUCUCGGAGAUGAGCGGCAGUCCAUUUUCCGAUUUCGCGGCGCCGAUCAUCGGUACCUCACUUUUGCCCCCGAGUUGCUGGGUCCUAUUAGCUCCCACUCCUUUGUCGAACUCUCUCUAAGUGAAACUUUCCGACUAUCGAAUGAAACUGUCCAGUUCAUCAACAAAACAUUUCUUGGGGGAGACUCAUAUAUGACCAGCUCAAAGUCCGGCCCAAAACCUAUUGUCUUUAGGUACAGCCCUCCGGACUUCAAUGGGCUGGCUAAGAAACUGGCAGCUUUGAUCAAGCAAUAUGGCGCCGAGAACAGCGCUAUUAUUGCACCAUCAAUACGGAGAAAUGAACAUCUGAUCAAACUGGUCAAUAUCCUGAGCGAGAAAUAUGGCAUACCAAUUGCUCAACCCAUUGAAUACGACAGCCCUGUAGAUAAAAGGAUCUUGGACGGAAAGUUGUCCAUAUCUACUAUUCAUGGAUUCAAGGGUAGAGAGCGUGAUCUGGUCAUUCUAUUGGACAUAGACUCCUCCUUUUUCAGGUAUCUUGGCCGGGAUCUUCCGGAUACCACCUGUCCGAACGAAGUGUUUGUCGCCUUAACCCGUGCAGUGGAACAGCUUGUCUUAGUCCACGAUGAAGAGAAGAAGGUGAUGCCGUUUGUCUCUGUGGAUGGUCUGUACCAAACAGCCAAGGUCACCAACAUGACAUCCGAGAAGACCAAAAUUGCAUCUCCCAACGCACCAGGCCGGGCUUUGCAAUUUGGGCUUGCUCUACCCAGCAGAGUUAGGGUCACGGACAUGGCACGAUAUGUCCGAGGUGAACGCCUUGAUGCUAUUGUUCAACGUCACUUGUGUAUUCGAGAGCUUUCGGCCUCCUUGCCGGAAAAGGAACACAUUCGAAUGCGUGAUGUUGUGUGCUCGAAUCCAGAAAAGGGAUUCCACGAGGCGGUGGGUGACAUAAAUAGCCUCGUGGUUCUAGCAGCAUUUCAGCACGCUGUUACAGGAACAGCACCAUUGUUCGUCUCUAGCAACCAGGUCACCGAAGAAGAGCUUCCGUUCUAUACAGAUGAGCAACUUUCUCGGCUUUGUAGGAACGCUUGUGCUUAUCACGCCCGGAUUUCGGGCUACCUACCUCGCUAUCUCCAGAUGAAAGAUCAUGAUUUCAAUUGGAUCUAUCUCAGGGACCUUGUUCUUGCACAGAACCGACUCCAGAGUGAACUUGGAGAUUCAGCUUCUAAUCUCAAGUUUGAGGUUGACGUCGAGCGAUACCUUGUUGUCGACAAGAGAGAAACCCUCCUCUAUGGUCGAGCCGAUGUUGUCACCGCUCCCAUCAUUUCGAAGAAUGGCGAUGUUGAAAGCGUAGAGUCUGUUUGGGGGAUCAAGUUUGUCCCAAGGCUUUCCAAUGAGCAUAUCGUACAAGCGUGUGCUUAUGCGUACUUGUUGGCUGCUCGAUCCGGCCAGGUACCCCGUAUAAUACUCUACAACGUGCGAGAUGGCAAGAAGCUGGAGAUCACACCACGUGAUGGACUAGACGGACUGCGGCGUAUGAUUGAAAGCGUUCUUCGUUUAAAGUAUACGGCGGAGAGGGGGUUGGAAGAUGACCAAUUCACCGACAUGUGUAGGAGGACAACACGACAAGUUCUGGACUUGGAUGAUUCAAGGAAUCAAAGAGGAAUUUAA